AUGACAUCUAUACAGAAUCGCACUUUGGAGUUUCAGCAGUGUGUGAAAACCUUCAACAAACAACUAAAUAUAAAAACAAGCAACGCACCAACAUCUCCUCCUUCAAAAAGUGACUUCUCUAAAAAAGCAAGCGUUAUAGCCAAAGAUAUUGCUCGAGUCACUCAACUGCUGAGAAAGUUGACGAUACUGAUAAAGGAUACGCCACGGUUUAACGAUCGACCUAUCGAAAUCAAUGAGUUGACCUAUGUGAUUAAGCAGGACAUCUUCAAGGUGGAAAAGAGUUUGAAACAACUACAGCAGCAGUUUCGUGGAGGCACCGGACAGGUUGACAGUUUUAACAAGAACGUAGUGAAUCUUCUGAACACAAAAACACAGGGAGUCAGUCAAAGUUUUAAAGAGAUAUUGGAAAUAAGGCAACACAAUGAAAUAUCUCAAAGAUCCCGACAGGAACAAUAUGCCGCCGAUGAUACAAAUGACUUCAACUACUUGACUCUUCGAAGUCAAAAAAAUGCCAGCUCAAUAUCAGAGAAUCCGUUUUCCUCUUCAACAAACGAAACUAUCCCCGCUGAUACUUUGAUGCUGCCUGAAUCGAAUCAGCUGUUACUGUUGGAAGAACAAUCUAAUGUCUAUCUUCAGGACAGGAAUAGAGCGGUUGAAACAAUUGAAUCUACGAUCAGUGAGAUUGGGAAUCUGUUCCAACAACUAUCAAACAUGGUCUCCGAACAAGGUGAGGUGAUCCAGCGAAUAGAUUCUAAUGUGGAAGAUAUUUCAUUCAAUAUUCAUGGUGCACAGCGGGAACUUAUAAAGUAUUUCCACAAUGUAUCCACCAAUCGUUGGCUCAUGUUAAAGAUAUUUGGAAUAUUGGUUAUUUUUUUUGUUCUGUGGGCCUUGGUGAGUUGA